AUGUUUACUUUUAAAGAUUAUAUAAAAUUUGAUAAAGUUUUAAGCAAAGACAUAGAACGUAUAGACAAUAAUAGAAAUCGCUGCAAUGUAUCUCCAUAUCAAUGUACAAAAACAGGUCAUGCUGGUAAACAGCGAUCUUCAAUGCUUCACAGUGCGCUUCGAUUAUUGUCUGAAUUAGGUAAUUCUCAUCGACGUGGUCAUAAAUUACAUCUAUAG